AUGUCAUUCACCACCAAAAACACUCCGCCAUCCUGCACACUGGCGCCUUCUCCCCGCAUCCUCGCCUUCCUCGCCAGUAAAGGGCGCCUGCCCGUGCAUGCGAAGCCCGUCCUGGCCCUUGUCGUCUGCCCGCAGAGAGACAAAUACCCGCCCAUGCCUGAGGACAAAUUUCCGUGGAAGGAGCCCCCGGCCGUGGCCAUCACGCCCUGCGAUCCAUGGCCGCCGCCAUACUACCUCGAAGACAACCUGCGCAAGGUCACGCCGUACCACUACACGUACAACACAUUCUGCAAACAGAGAUGGCGCGACAGAGAGAUCCUCGACAUUUUCGCGAGCGAGUUCAGGGACAGGCCAGCGGAAUACUACGAGAACGCCAUCAUUGAGGGAAGAGUGGUGCUAAAUGGCAAGCAGGUGCCGUCGACUAAGACCCCUGUUAGGAAUGGGGAUGUUAUAUCGCAUACGCUGCACCGGCACGAGCCUCCAUGCAGCGCAAAGCCCAUUGGCAUCGUGCACGAGGACGACGAUCUGAUUGUUAUUGACAAGCCAGCGGGCGUGCCGGUGCAUCCUGCAGGACGAUACAACUUCAACUCGGUCAUUGAAAUUAUGAGGGCAGACAGGGGUUAUGGGUGGAACCCGCUGCCGUGCAAUCGCCUGGACAGGCUCACAAGCGGCAUCAUGUUCAUAGGGAAACACAGGCAGGCAGCUGAGGAUAUGAGCGCGCAGAUACGUGGGAGGACGGUCAAGAAGGAGUACAUCACGCGUGUGGUGGGCGAAUUCCCUGAAGGCGAGAUCAUCUGUGAGAAGCCCAUCCUCCAAAUCAGUCCAAAACUGGGCCUGAAUCGGGUGCGCGCAAAUGGAAAGGAAGCAAAGACAGUGUUCAAGCGACUUGCAUACUAUCCGCCCAAGGACGACAAAGAUGAAUCUGCAUCCGAGAACGGCGCAAACCACGAGGGCAUGGAGUGGAAGAAGAAGCGUGGCUACUCCAUUGUGCGCUGCAUGCCCAUAACCGGUCGCACGCACCAGCUCCGCGUUCAUCUUCAAUUCCUUGGGCACCCCAUCUCCAACGAUCCCAUAUACGCAAACCAGCGCGUCUUCGGUCCGUCGCUCGGCCAGGGUCAAUCGGAGGAUGAGAAUGAUGAUGACAUUAUGACUCGCCUCUCACGUAUGGGCAAGGAGGAAAUCGCAGACGCAGUAGCAUACCACGACGAGAUGGUGGAUGCAUACAACAAGAGAAAGGCCGAGAAGAUGACUGGCGAAACAUGCAGCGUCUGCGACACCCCACUGUACAGCGAUCCCGGCGUGCACGAGCUGGGCAUCUAUUUGCAUGCCAGGAGGUACCGCUGCGAAGAGGGCAAGUGGGACUACGAGACUGGCUUGCCAGAUUGGGCUCUACCACCACCAGGGUACGAAGGCGCUACAGAACCGACGCAGGAGUCAGAUCCGCUUACCGUCGAUCUUAAGAAGCUUGGUCUUGAAGACGACGGAGAUAAAGGAGAUGCAAAGAACGGAACGCUGCAAGGUACAAGCAAUGGGGUUGAAGAGAUCGGUCCUCCGGUCGCCGCCGCCGCCGCCGCCGGGGCUUGA